AGUAUUCUAUAGCACGUGACCGGGAAAAAUGAAAGGUGGUGUAAUUUUUCUGUCUCUGAGUUUGAAUUUUUUAUUUAUUUGUGGUCACUCCGUUCCCUUUAAGGAGCUGUACAUAGAUCAGUACGUAGAUCAUUACAACCUCGUUUCAUUUGGCGAACGCACAUUCAAAGAAAGAUAUCUAGUGCAAGAUAAAUGGUGGAAACCAGGAGUUGGACCAAUUUUCUUCUACACAGGAAAUGAGGGCCCAAUAGACACAUUCUGGGACAAUACGGGAUUAGUGUUCGAUAUCGCACCAGAGUUCAAUGCCCUUAUAGUGUUUGCUGAACAUCGUUUUUAUGGAAAAUCAUUACCAUUUGGAAACCAGAGUUUCUCCCACCCAUAUAUUGGGUUACUGAGCAUUGAACAGGCCCUAGGAGAUUAUGCUGUUUUGUUGACUACCCUGAGGCAGGAACUGAAUGCCACCUCUUGUCCAGUCAUCGCUUUUGGUGGCAGUUAUGGAGGAAUGCUGAGUGCCUACAUACGAUUUAAGUAUCCAAACUUGGUGGCAGGCAGCAUUGCAGCAAGUGCUCCGAUUAAUCUACUUUCUGCAGACUCAAAGAGAGACUUUUUCUGGGAGGAUGUUACCAAGGAUUUCAAUCAAGUUACACCGAAGUGUGUUGACAGAAUAAGGAGAGGUUUUAUAGAGAUGGACACAUUAUCCAUGAAACCAGGGGGUCUGAAGCAACUGUCCACUACAUUUGGUCUUUGUAAACCAAUGACAUCUAAGAAUGAUUUUCAUCAUUUUCUGGGAUGGAUAAGGAAUGCCUUUACUUACCUAGCCAUGAUGGAUUAUCCCUAUCCAACAUCGUUCAUGGGUAAUCUGCCGGGGUACCCCGUAAAGGUAGCAUGUGGUAUGAUUCUAAACAACACAAAUGCACUGCAGGGAUUAUAUCAGGCUUCAGCAAUAUUCUACAAUGGAACUGCUCGUUCUUGCUUUGACAUCUGGAGUGACUUUAUUGAGUGUGCAGAUCCCACUGGGUGUGGUCUAGGACUUGAUAGUAUGGCAUGGGAUUUCCAGGCAUGUACGGAAAUUCACCUGCCUGCUGGGAGUAACAAUUUGACGGAUAUGUUUCCUGUGCUUCCAUUUACUGAGGAGAUCAGAGGCCAGUACUGUCUGAACAAGUGGGGUGUGGCUCCCAGAGACCUAUGGAGCCAGGCACAAUUCUGGGCCAAAAAUAUCAAGUCAGCCAGUAAUGUAGUUUUCUCCAAUGGUGACCUUGACCCCUGGCACAGGGGAGGGGUGACCACUCCCCCUAACCCCAGUGUAGGAGUGAUUACCAUAAAGGGAGGGGCUCAUCAUUUAGAUUUAAGGGGUAAGAACAAAGAUGACCCAACCUCAGUAACAGCAGCUCGGAGCCAGGAAAAAGCCUACAUAAGGAAAUGGAUUUCACAAUACAGAGCAUCGCAGUGAUAAAGGAAAUACAAAACUUCAUGAAAUUUUGAGCCGACUGUGAUUCCAGUUUACCGUCUAUUGUGUAGACCUAUAAUGCAGAUUUUAUCUAAUGUCUCUUGCUUUUUAAUAUUCAUUUUUCUCUAGAGAGUGACAUGGAUGUUGUUAUAACAGUUAUCUAGUUUUUACCAUUUAAUGAAUUAUUCUGGAUAAAAUAUUCAAAAGAAGUGAUAUUUCAAUAUCAUCAUGUAUACCCCUGUGGCUUUCUAUAAGAGGAAAUGCCAAUGUUAGCAAAUUUGAUUUGGGUUUCAAUCGAUUAUCAAUUUUCGGGAGUUUUGAUCGUUUUCAAGUUUUCACUUCUGUAAAAUUUGUUUUUCAUCAAUUUUUUGUUUCAAAUUAAUGAUGAUGUACUGCCAAAAUGUUUCCAUAUAAAAUCUUGAUUUAAGAAUUGCAUGCCAUCAUUCAGAUCCCAGAAAAGGUAAUAUUAAAAGUUGGAAAGCAGGCUGUAAGUUGUACCAUUUCCCUAAACAAUUUGUCUAAAACUUAAUUUGUAUUUGAUAACAUCUUUAUCCAAAUAGAAGAAAUUCUGUUGAGGUUUGCAGUGUUAUUGUUGGUUUCAAUUUACAAAUUGAAAUUGUAUCUUUCAAAUGAGAUGUGCCAAUUGUUGAGCAAAGUAUAGAUUUUUUUUUCCUCAUAAGAGUAAUUUGUCCAGAAAUUUAGUGUUGGCUUAGAGCCAUAUUCUGGAACACGUCAAUUCCAUUAUACUUACUGCAAAUGAGAAACUCAACAGUGAUAUUCAUAUACCACUAUACUUACAGCCAACAGGGCAUACAAUGGAUACCGCCAUUACAAUCAUUAUAUCACUGUCCACAAAUUGUACUGUAUUAUUACUAAAGCCUUCUGGCACACACACAAACAAAUCUGAACUCAAUACCAAUUGUUUAUCUGUUUACCUCUCACCUCCUCUAUUUCUGGAGGAUUUUUUAUCCCUAGCUCUCAACAAAGUUCUCCAGGAGAUGUACGUAGUAUCAGCGUCUUUAUAUUCAGGCCAUGUUUUUACCAAACAUUCACAGAUGUAAAGGGUUUUAUCUAUUUUUAAGAAUUUGAGUGUAUUUUUUAUCUCAUUUUACUUAGGUGUUUAGCAGCUUUGCACAACAAUCCUAGACACAUAUACAUCUAUUAUUCACUAGAUUGAUGCUCUUUCUCUGUCUAUAAAUGAAUAUAAUGUUAGAUAUUUAAAUGGAAAUACACCAGUUUGUAAUUUCAUUUGUAAUCCUACAAAUAGAUGUAUUUGUAAAAUGAGCAAAAUUAAUAAAAACAAAACUCUUUUAUACUUUA